AUGGGUCGGACCGUCGACCAGGAAGUUCACGCGGCGUUCGUCGAGUUCCGCGCCAAGGAAGACGAUAAGUGUCUUUCCGUCCAGUGUAUCUACUGCCAGCAGAUUCGCGCAAAGAACACCUCACGCCAGAAGCAGCACCUGCUCGAGUGUCCCGGUCUCCGCGGCCACACCAACCCCCAGGCCCAGUCCCAGUCCGCCCCCUCUGCCCCGAAUGGCAUCGCCGCUGCCAAUGGAUACCCUCCCACCCCCAAUGGUGCUGCGGCCACCGCGCCGGGUGCUGCUCCGGGGCCUGGUGCUCUCGCGACUCCCAACGGUCCCAUGAUGUCCAACGGUGUCAAUCCUCAUGCUACCCCGAUGCAGACGCCAUUGCAGAACAUGCAGAGUCGCGCCUCUCUCCCGACAUCAGGCCCGGCCGGAACCGCCUCCACCGUCUCUGCCACCCAGCAGGCAGCUCGUGCCACUCCCAAAGCGAAGCCUAAGAACUCGACCUCGAACCUUCCUGCCCCUCCCCUCGAUGACGUUCAUGCCGCGUUCGUGGAGUUCCGUGCCAAAGAAGAAGACAAGUGUCUGUCCGUUCAAUGCAUCUAUUGCCAGCAGGUCCGCGCAAAGAAUACCAGCCGUCAACGUCAGCACUUGUUGGAAUGCCCCACCUACCUCAGUGUUAUGAAAGAUUCGAUCCCCGCAAACAACCUUCUUCAUACCUUCCCCGAAGGCGACGUGGCGCGUUCCCUGCAGAUCCCCGCGCCUACCCUGGAGCUGGACUUCCGCAUGAGCAUUAAGAUGAACCCGAAGGUGUCGGUAGGUGAGAGUAUUUGGGGUCAACGUGAUUGGGUAACAUUCGUCGGUGGUCAGUGGGCUGGUCGAUGGGGUAAGGGUGUCGUUCUGCCUGGAGGACAAGACUCGCAGGUCGUGACCAAGGAAUCUUCUACACAUCUUCGAGCGAGCUACAUGCUCCAGACCGCCGACGAUCCCCCCGCAUACAUUGUCGUGAAGACCAACGGCUGGUUGACCGGAGCCAAGGACAUUCUGGACAAGGUCAACGACCCCGGUAUGGCGGAUAGCAUCAACCCCAAUACAUACAAAUACCGCAUCAACUUGAACAUGGAAACUGGAGACGAACGUUACGCGUUUUUGAACACUCUGAUGUGGAUUGGAAGUGGCUGCCGCAGGGGCCACGAAGUCAUCUUUGAUGCAUUCCGCGUCAACUAA